GCCGUAGAGCGGGCCAAUCGUUUAAAUAUCCCUGGGCAUCGCUUAAGGGCGAACGAAGCGGGAGGUGAGGGGGCCGCUCGUUUGGGCCCGGCUGCGGGAGACUAAGUCGCCUCCGCGUCCCAAGAUGGGCGCCGCUGAAAGAGAAUGGGUCAAUGUUGCCAAUGAUCUCCUGACAAAAUGUAACAUAGAUCUGCAUGUCAGCAAUCUCUCAGACUGUGGAGCUAAAGUGUUUAUUCAUCUUUAUGAAUCGAUACUGGGAGAGAGAGUGCCAGAUGUCAUAGCCGCACCUCGUUGCCCUGAAGACGAUGCCCAUAAUGUGCAGGCAGUGAUAGAUUCGUUGGCUUUGGACUACUUGCAGAUCAGCUUAUCGCAUAUAACUGGGGAGAACAUUGUGAAAGGAAAUAAGGAGUCCAUCAGAAAUCUCUUGGAAAUAUUUGAUGGCUUGCUCGAGUACCUGACAGAAGAAACCAGUGAGACGGCUUCUCAGAAUGGCGAAGAUCUUAACCAGAGGGCUGAAGAUGAAGUCCAGACUACCGGUCUUGAAGAGGAAGAAGGUGGUGUUCUUGAUGUGCCAGUUCCCUCCCUGACACUUCCGUCUGCCUCGGGGUCUUCUCAGUCGUCAGAGAUAGAUGUUCCAUCAUGCGAGGUAGACUGUUCGGAAUCUACAAGUGAGCUCAUUAAGCUUGGUGACACUGCUUAUUUAUAUUCUCUAAGAAAUGAAGACUUACCUGCAGAAAGAGACAUCUCGAAGAUGAUUACAAAACCUGAAGUUCUUAUGACUUUUAGGGGACCAUCUAGUGGCAGAAGAGCUCUUGUCAGAGAAACUCAAGGAACAGCCAAAUCUGCUUUGUCGUCUAAGGAGCAGUUGUGUUCUUCCAGUGCGAAAAAGCUUGGGGAACCAAUCCGCCCAGCCAUUCCUUUACAGCCACCAUUCCAGCCUUCCGCAUCCAGGCCCCCUUACCUAACCGAAAGAGGCGCUGGAAGUUCAGGCAGACGUUCGCCGCCACCGGCUAAACCUUCCAGACUUGCGUCCUCUGAUCCUGCAGAGUCCCUUGGGGAAGAGUCUGGAACCCUCUCAGGUGACAUCCUUUCUUUAUCCACGAUCACUUCUGCUGUAGAUAAUGAACCAGAAGCUGAUGUGAAUGAAGAAUCUGAUGAGCCAGUGCUAGAAGACGCCAUAGAUGAUGCAGGAAAGGAAAGGAAUGAGAAUGUUCCGUACACACCAGCUCCUUGCUUUGAGAAGGACAGGUUGCCACAGUUUACAACAAAGCAAAGCACGAGACCAAAACAAAGGAAUCUGCUUGCUGGAAAAAGCCAGAAAGAACGCUCCAUCACAGACUCGCUUGCAGAGGAAGCUUCUUCACACCAAACGGCAAAGAAAAAGCUGUCUGAACAGGAGCUGAAGGAGAUGUCGGACAAACUGUCCCGCAGGAUGAAUGAACUAGAUGGAAUGUUAAAGCAUGCUCUGGGCGCGCAAAGCAAGGAGGAGGAGGAAGAGUCAUCAGCCGAUGAAGAUAAUCUUUCUCAGCACAGUGAUAGUAUCAUGGAUUACCGCCAAAGGAAACCGGAAUCGGGUGUGCUACGUUUCGGAAGGGCACCCAGCAGACGGCGGUCACUUUCUGCUUCACCUCCUCCGUCAAGCCACCACCUAAGCUCUGAAUCGGGUGGUGCACUUCGGAAAGAUGUAUGGGGCCCAACGGGAAGAAUGUACGACCGUGUGCAAAAGGAAGAAGACCAGAGGAAGUUAAGAGUAAAGCGCUUGACCAAAGCCUACGAGGAUGAAUUAAGAACUUAUGAGGCUCGUGAGAGAUUCGAACUGGCAGAGCUGAAAGCCAAGGCAAAGGAAAUUGAACAAAAAUACAAGGAGAAAUUAUUUAAAGAACCUUCAAGAGCCUCGCAAGCAGCAAAGAUUUAUUCUAGAAAAAAUGGCCCUCGGAAUCCCAAACUCAGCCAGUGGAUUUCAAGAGGAGGGUUUGCAAAGCCAAAGAAAGCCGCUCCAAUGAAGGUCAAGGAGAACGACCUCCUGCCUCUGCUCCUGGAGGAUUUCCCCCACCUACACAUUUCCCGCCCUGUCAUGAACAAGAUGUGGCACCAGCAGCUUGCACAGAUAGACCAUCUGAAGUCAAUCGCCAGUAAAAACAAAUUCAAAAUGCAGAGUGAAGCACUAGAAACAUUGAAAAGGCAUGAACUGCUUGUUGACCUCAUUAAGAAAGAGCAGGCUCAUAACAGGAGACUGCAAGAGUUGAAGCAACACAUUAAUCGGCAGAAAUGUGCCCAGAACAAAAUAAGGGAGAGACGACAGCAAAUUAUCCGAGCCAAAAAGUACUACCAAGAUUACAGAGUUCAGCUGCGGGCAAAGAUGAUGAGAGCCAGGACACGUGAGGAACGUAUAUUUAAAAACCUGUUUGAAGAAGGCUUGGAAAUUCAGAAGCAGAGACUGCAUGAGCUGAGAUCGUAUGCCAAGGAGAAGCGGGCUGAGCAGAAGAGAGAACAUCAGGCUGAGCUAGAGGCCAUGGAGUGCUACUAUAAGGACCAGUUUUCAAUGCUGGCAGAAGCUGUUUCUGAAGAACGCCAAGAAAUCCAAACCAGAGAGAAAGCACAGGCAACAACAUUAAACAAAGUGAAACGUGAGCUGAGAUCAAAGAUGGAGAAGGAGAUUAAAGAACUGCAGGACAUGAUCACACGUGAUGAUGAUGAUUCAUUCUUCCGAGAACUGGAAGCUGAUCGCCUAAAAACCAGACUCCUAGUGGCUUCCUUUCAAUAUAGCAAAAACUACCAGUUCCUUUAAGUGUUGGAAUGCCUCUUGUUUCUUGCAAAUAUGCUUUUUAUAUUUAAAAAUGAUACUGGGCGGUACACAACCUGAAGUAUGAAGUUAGUAGCUUGUUUUGCUGCCCGGAAUCCAUAGACUGUUACAGUGUCAAGGAAAUAUUGAACUGAUAUUUUAAAAAUGAUUUUUUAAAAAACAAGACUUUUUCAAUAAAGGUUAGCUUCUCAACCUUCAAAACUAAGCUAGUGAAGCUUUCUUCCAGGUUAAUCUAAAUAUUAAUCUUAUUGCUUAAGUAUAGCUAACUGAUGAUGCAUUUAAAUCAAACCUGGACAUGUUUAAAAGAUAAAUUCUAGCCUAUAGAGUGAUUUUGGUACCAAACUUCAUAUCAAUUUGCCCCCCCCCAAAAGGUGCACAUUACAUUUGAGUAAAUGCGGUAUGUUGUGACCACACUUGGAACACUGUGUACAUUUCUGGUCACCUCACCUCAAAAUGAGCUGGAAGAGAUUCAGAUAAAGGUGAUGGAACAAUCCCCUAUGAGGAAAGUUUACAAUAUUUUGGACUUGAGAGAAAGAGACGACAUGAUAGGGUUAUAUAAAAUUAUGCAUGGUGUGGGGAAAGUAGAGACAAGCUUUUCUCCCUCUCACUUAACGCUAGAACUCUGGAUAUCUAAGGAAGCUGAAUAUUGGCAGAUUUGGGACAGAGAAAGAAAGCAAAAAAUAGGGCUCCCAUACGUCCGGAUUUCCCCAAACAUUACUGGGAGUUCAAAGGCGGAAGUGGCAUCCAGGGGGGACGUCUGGAAGGUGGCAGUUUGCCCUGGAUCUUCAGCAAAUAAACAAAAAAGAAGAAGAUGGUUUUUACUUUUUGAAAUAUGGCAAACCAACAACAAAAAAAGAACUUUAUGCAGCACAUACUUAGCAUUCACUCUCACGAGAAACAGUGAUAGUUACAGGUAGGUAGCAGUGUUGGUCUGACGCAGUCAAAAUAAAAAUAAAAAAUCCAGUAGCACCUUAGAGACCAACUUAAGUUUGUCAUAGGUAUGAGAAACAGUGAUGUCCACUAACUUCAAACAAGGAUUAGGCAAAUUCGUGGAGGACCAGGCUACUAAGCAUAAUGGCUGUGUUCUACCCCCCACUGCAGGUGGCAGUAUCCUUCUGAAUAGUUGCCAGGAAUCACAAGUGUGAAUAUCCUGCUUUCCCCAUAGGUACCUGCUUGGCCACUGUGGGAACAGGAUGCUGGGUUAGAUUGGCCAUUGGCUGGAUCCAGCAGGUUCUUCUUAUGCUCAUAUAUUAAAGGAACAUCAAUGAACUGACCUUCAAAAAAAUUUUUCUUCAUGUAAUACAGUAGUUGUAGCUGUUGAGAUUAUUUUUCCUCCACAUAAAGCCGCUGUUAAGCAUAUCCAGGGUGCCUCUGUACUCUUUAAAAACACACAAAUUAAAUUACAUGAUCACCAGUGUUGCUUUUACUUAAAAAUAAACGCAAAAACCAGGUUUUUUUUAAAACCAUUGAUGCUGUGACAGUGCAAACAGCAUACAAUUUUAUUGCUCAACUUCUGCAUGAGUACAUACUUUUUAAAAAAACAAAAACAAAACAAAAAACAUUUUAUACAGAUGUAUUGUUAAAGCUCAUGUAACAGCUUGGUGAAAAUGCAAUGUAUAUCAAUGCUAAAAACACUCUGCAAUAAAUACAAUAGAAAUGCAACUAAAAAAAAACCCCACCUGUCAGUCUGGAAGAAGGAAAAAUCAUACAAAAUAUAGACUAGUUUUAGCUAUAGACAAAGCUCUUAGGAUUCCGCAGAGUCAGAAAUCUAAUAAAGAGAUUGUGUUAAGUACAAACUGCACCUGUUAUCUAUAUGGUGCAGUUUAAAGUCUGAAGCAACGGGGUCAUGCUACAUUAUGAUGUAUGAUAUAGAAGCAACACUUUUACUUCCAUUAAUGCAGCCAGUUUUAAUGCACCAGAGGUUUAACAGAUGUAGUGUUGGGGGGGGGGGCAUCCUGUGUGCUCUGGACUCUAGUACAACACAAUGUUUUGGUAAAAAUAUAAUCGGUUUAGGGAAACUGAACCUAUGUGCAAAAAAAAUAGAAUACAUACUGUACAAAGCACCAUUACAAAACUUUACAUCUAAAAAUUAAAUCUGAAACACAACCGAGUACUGUAUAUCUGAAUCCUACAAAAUAGUCACUAUAUUUUAAAACAUUCAUUUCUGAAAAGGAAGCAUGUAAAUGUGAGGUGACAUCUCUCUUAACCACUUAAUGCAAAUUUA